CUGCGGCCGCGGCUGCUGCGGCGGCGGCGGUGGUGGCGGCGGUGGGGUGGCGGGAGCGGAGCGGCAUGGCUACGGCGGCUUCUAACCCGUACCUCCCCGGGAACAGCCUCCUGUCGGCCGGCUCCAUAGUACACUCGGACGCCUCGGGCGGCGGGGGUGGCGGCGGGGGCGGGGGCGGCGGCGGGGGCGGCGGCGGAGGCAUGCAGCCCGGGAGCGCCGCUGUGACCUCGGGUGCCUACCGGGGGGACCCGUCCUCUGUCAAGAUGGUCCAGAGCGACUUCAUGCAAGGGGCCAUGGCCGCCAGCAACGGCGGCCAUAUGCUGAGCCACGCUCACCAGUGGGUCACGGCCCUGCCCCACGCCGCCGCCGCCGCCGCCGCUGCCGCCGCCGCCGCCGUGGAAGCGGGAUCGCCCUGGUCCAGCAGCGCCGUGGGCAUGGCCGGCAGUCCCCAGCAGCCGCCGCCACCGCCACCACCGCCGCCUCCGCAGGGCCCCGACGUGAAAGGUGGCGCCGGGCGAGACGACCUGCAUUCGGGCACAGCGCUGCAUCACCGGGGGCCGCCCCACCUCGGUCCCCCGCCGCCGCCGCCCCCCCACCAGGGCCACCCGGGCGGCUGGGGCGCCGCCGCCGCCGCCGCUGCCGCCGCCGCCGCCGCCGCUGCCGCCGCGCACCUCCCGUCCAUGGCCGGGGGCCAGCAGCCGCCACCGCAGUCUCUGCUUUACUCGCAGCGGGGUUUCACGGUGAACGGGAUGCUAAGCGCCCCCCCGGGGCCCGGAGGGGGCGGUGGGGGAGGAGGCGGCGGCCAGAGCCUGGUGCACCCGGGGCUGGUGCGAGGGGACACGCCGGAACUGAGUGAGCACCACCACCACCACCACCACCACCCACACCCGCCGCACCCGUCGCACCCGCACCACCCGCAGGGACCCCCUCACCACGGCGGGGGCGGAGGCGGCGGGGGAGGCCCAGGACUGAACAGCCACGACCCACAUUCGGACGAGGACACGCCGACCUCGGACGACCUGGAACAGUUCGCCAAGCAGUUCAAACAGCGGCGGAUCAAACUGGGCUUCACACAGGCAGACGUGGGGCUGGCCUUGGGCACCCUAUACGGGAACGUGUUCUCGCAGACCACCAUCUGCCGCUUCGAGGCCCUUCAGCUGAGCUUCAAAAAUAUGUGCAAGCUGAAGCCUCUGCUGAACAAGUGGCUGGAGGAGGCCGACUCGUCCACAGGCAGUCCCACCAGCAUCGACAAGAUCGCCGCCCAGGGCAGAAAGAGGAAGAAACGGACCUCCAUCGAGGUGAGCGUCAAAGGGGCCCUGGAGAGCCACUUCCUCAAGUGCCCCAAGCCUUCGGCACAAGAGAUCACCAACCUCGCCGACAGUCUGCAGCUAGAGAAGGAGGUGGUGAGGGUCUGGUUCUGCAACCGGCGGCAGAAGGAGAAGAGAAUGACACCCCCGGGGAUCCAGCAGCAGACGCCCGACGAUGUCUACUCGCAGGUCGGCAACGUGAACGCGGACACGCCACCCCCACAUCACGGUCUGCAGACGAGCGUGCAGUGAAGAUGGAGAGAAUGAGAGACGGAGAGAAAGAGAAAGAGGCACCAGCCACCGCAGCAGCCGCCGCCGCCGUCGCCUCCGCAGCUGCUGCCAGCCACCGCCAGCCGCCACCACCACCGCCAGCCACCGCUGCCGCCGCCGCCGCCGCCGCCACAACAGAAAAUCAGCAGCAACAACAGCGAGAGGAGAAAACAUCCAUCCCCCUCUUGCCCCCCACUUCCUCUGCCCCCCAUACCUACAUAUGUGCACACACUUUUGUAAAAAUGGAAAAAAAAAAGACAAGAGGAUGGAGGAGGAAAACACCAAAAUCAAAGAAAAUGGGGGCAAAGCAAAAAAGAAGCUUAAUAAACACCCAGACUGUUUAGACUGGUUUAUAUAUAUACGUAUAUAUACAUAUAUACAUAUAUAAAUAAUGAAAAAACGUUUGGAGAAAAAAGGGGGAAUGAUCAAAGAGAUCGCGUUUAUGCUGUGGUGGUUUUUCAUUUUUUAUUUAGGGGGUGGAGAUGCAUACUGCACCAGAACUACAGAUAUGGGGUUUCUCCCUAAAUUAUCCCCUGUUGAAGCGGUGGACAAGACAGCACCCACCUCGACACUUCUCUCCUUCUCUCCUCCUUAAAAAUAUGCCCCCCCUCCCCACUUUGCUCUCCCUCCAAAGGGCUGUCUAAUGUGAUUCACGGAAACUUUUCCUUUCUUUCACGGGAGCAGUCCAGAAAGGAAGAAGUAAAGGCAUCUGGUUUGAUCAGAGGAUGCCUACCUGCAUUCCAAGACCCUGGGCUUUUUUUUUUUUUUUGGGCCAUAUUCACAUAAUUCUGGGGCAAACAGACAUCUACUCUGAAAUGAAAAAUAUCAGUGCACUUCAGAAAAGGAAGUAUGCAUACAGCACUAAAAUAAGCAGACUGAAUAACUGAAGUAAAAAGAAAGAAAAUACCCUUAAAGUUGACCCCAAAAGAAAAAGAUGGGUGGGGGAGGGGAAGAGGGACAAACACCGGAGAAGAGGGGGAAGAGGAGAGACUCCCAAUCCCUGAAAGUUCGAGGUUCUAGGAGGACUUUGCAUGAAUCAAGGGCAACAGCAAGAGAGAAAUGGGAAAUAAGUCAAGCCUGUCAAAGUCGUGGUUUUGACGGCCGCCACUCAGCGUGGAAGAUUCAUAAAAAUCCACCGCUAAUAUUUUUUUUAUUAAUAUUUUUAUUUUUAUUUCUGGACUGAUUCAGAUAAAGGGAUUUAGAAAGACUGAGUAUCUGCAGCUGCACUUAUCUGAACUUCUCCUCUCCUAAAUACGUUGCCAACUUUGAUUGAAUGGGUGCUGUGGAUGUGAUUAUAUAAUACUGCCAUUUCCAAGCAGUGUUUUUGGUAGGUUUUAAUAAACAGACUUUUCAAAAGACGGCAAUAUAGAAUUGUUAGAUCCGUUGUUGAUCUAAAAAUAUUUGCUUUAUAUUUUCAUUAAAUGACUUCUUUUAAUAUUUUAUUCAGAAUACCUAUGAACUGCUGCAAAACGGUAAUUUAUUUUUCCCCAGAUCUUGUAUUACGUGUUUUUUUCAGACGAGCACAAAUCAAAAAUGAAAUGAAAAUAUGGACAGUUGUUAGGUAAUAAGGGUAUCUUUUGAUGUGAUAAUUUGAUUGUAAUUUAAUUUGAGUAGUGAUUCCGUAAGAGCUGAUUGAGAAAAUAAAUUUGUUAGAAUGAAAUAGUCUGUGUCUGAUGCGUAAACAUUGUGUCGAAAAAAAAAAAAGUACUCAAAAUCUUUUUAGACAAUGCAAAUCCUUAAGUGAUAGAAUUAAUGAACUAUAACCUAAACCACUUAAGGUUCUUGGAAAUGCAGAAUAAAAGGAAAGGCUUAUUCAUGCUGUUAGCGUUUUAGGAUAGUAUUCAGUCUUCAUAAAUUCAUUAACUUCCUAAUAUUCCUCUCCCUCAAUUUCAGUGAACUUUUUUUUAAGGAGAAAGUGGAAUAAUGUAGCUAGUAAAUAACCCUCUUCUUGGAGAUACCUGUAUUCUUUUAACCUAAGACUACAGUGCCUCACUAAAUGUACCAACUGAUCAUUAAUGGUUCAUAUAGAAUGCUCCAAAAAGUUUAGCCUCUCUUUCCCCUUUCCUUCCUACUUCCUCCUCUCUGUAUUUCUCUGUCUGGUCUCUUUUCUCAAAACUAACAAAUAGUGGAGGAUAGUUUUUUAAGCUAUAAAUGAUUUUAUACAAUGUAAUAUCUAAAUGAUGAUUGCAUUUAUCUUUUAAAUUUCAAUGUAUUUUAAUGGAAUAAUAUACUUCCAAAAUUCUAGUUACAGUCUGUGUAAUUGUUGUCUCAGGCUCUUGGUACUCAGUGUUAAGUACUCCAAUGUUUUCUUCAUUCCCAGCAGUUUCUACUCUUCUUUUUACAAGGGGGUAUAUUAGUUUGUCAGAGAUGCCUUUAGAUACAUCAGAAAGGAUUGUCAUACUUAUCAACUGAAUAUAUUAAUAUUUACACAUGUAUGAAAGUGAAAGUUUUCAAUAUUUACGGUUGUAAGAACUAGAUAAGCAAAAGUAUCAGUAGAGUGAAAUCCCUAAUUAGUAUACUUUUCAGAAAAUACUUUUUUUGUGAUAAAGUUUAAGUGUUCUAUAGUCUGAUUUUCUACCCCCUUCACUUUCUUUCGGUCACUCUCUUCAUCCCUCCCCCAUAUUUGCCUUCUGUCUCUGUCUCUUUCUGUGUCUCUGUCUCUCUCCUUCCCCUCCCCCCCACUUUCUCUUUCUCUGAUUGAAACUGGGGUUAAAAACUGGGGAAAUUGUUAGAGAAACAAGAAAGAGUUGUUUCUUUUGGAUAGGUCUGGUGUCACUUUCAUAAAUCAAGGCCAACUAGAUAGGCCUAUGUUAAGAUGCUUUAUUUUUAAAUGCCAUCUUCCGCUAAAAGUAACAAUCUUGAAUUUAUGAAAUUUGGGGAGGACCAUUACCUAAAAGAAAAAGAGAAGAAUAUCAAAUGAAGGAACCAUAAUUUUAAUUGUUUCUACUGUGUUGUUUUCUUUUCUUUUCUUUUGGUUCAGUAAUAGGUGUCCAGCAAUUUUAUAAACUGGAAGGGAAUGGGAAUAUAGGAGGGAGGGAGAGAAGGACUUCAUCAGUUUUACCAUCUUCAGGGGAUUCAAAGAAUGACCAUCUAAUGUGAAGGUAGAGGGUUGGGUUGGGUUUGUGUUUAUGUGGUGGAUACUAUUAACACGUGAGGUGGAAUCCUGUUUUUCACACAGGAAGAGUAGUGGCUGAUUAGACAAGGAACAGGUCUAUUUCAAUUUCUUAGAGGUAUUUGGUUACUGGAUUUGGAUGACAACAAAGGCUAACAUUAGGUUUCACACUGUUUUCUAUUAAAAGGCAACCUUUGCCGGUUUCUGAGGAAGAAAGGCUGAUUUUAGGGUAGCAGAAUAACCUUUAGGUUGAAAGACUGGCUAAAAUGUGCCCAUUUGUGUAAUUAUUUUGCAUAGUGCAGUGAGGUCAUUUUGUCCCAUAAUAAUAAUAAUAGCAUUAUUAUUAUUAAACAAUCCUUUGAAUGUAUUUGGAAACUUCAGGGUUGCAAGCACAUGGAUAACAAAGUGAUGGAUAGCUAUAAUGGAGAGGUUUUUGCUAAGGGUUAUAUUGUUACACAUGUAAAUAAUGAAAAUAUUGUUAUAUAUCACCAGAUCUUUUAAUGAAUUUAGGCAUUGUUUUCAUUUACACCAUCAGUGUCUCUUGUGCUUAGCAAAUGAGUCUCCACUUUUCCUCCAUUUUUUGUCCACUCCCAACCCCACCCCACCCUGUUUCGCUACCUAGACUAAAGGAAAGCCAAAUGUUUAACAGAGUUAUAUUUAAUCAGUCUGAGUAAUCCCAAGAUGUGAUUAUUUAGUUUACAGUUUCUUGUUCCUAAGCCUCAGUCCUCUCACUGACCUCCCGUCCUUUCUCUACAAGCCUAUGUGAGAAAUCAUUUCAAGGUCUAUUUAAAAUAGUCACCUCACUGUUGUUGAUCUACCUUUUCCUCUUUUUUUAGAAUUUAGCACAGAUCUACUUCUUUGUUUCCAAAUACAACCAUUCCUAAUUGACCUUUAGAGAUACCUUAUGCUUUUCUGUAGUAUCUGGUGUUUGCACAUGGCAAUGUUCAUGACUUGUUCUGUAUGAAUGGUUUUCAAUGGAACGUUCAGAGAAUAAUUGGUUCUAAUAUGAAAUGCAGUAUAUACUAUUGAUAGUUUUAUCAAUAAGUGUAAUAUUUUAAAUAAUUUUAACAAUUAAAUUUGUUUUUUAAAUUA